CUACUGAAUGCCACAGGAGUCGCGACCGGCGGCGUUCGUAAGGUGUGCCGUUUGUUGUCAGUGGCACGUUUUGAGUUUGGGUCUCGUUUUCGUGCACGACGUUUGCACUGUUUGGUGUGCUCCCUUGUGUUCCCGUGGUGUGUGUGGAUGAUAUACGGUCUUGUUCCAAUACUGAAGCCCUAUGGGCAUUGGAUAAUUUCUCAUACAACUACUGCACAUGGCCCGAAGUAUGCCUUGUCACAAGAUUUUGGGGCCUCAACACCAAACCACAUGAGACGCUCCUGUAGGCCGUACAGUGGCACAGGAGAUGUACAGGAGACAUGUGACGUCAAAACAAGAAUCUCGCCUCCCCGUUGGUCGGAGCCACAGGUCAAAUGGCACCACUGAGUCCAGAACCAUAGCACCUUCUCGUGAUGCAGAUUCUAGUAAACUGUCACCAAGCAUUAAUAGCGUGAAUUUGAGUGACAGUGAGCCAGAGAAACUGGAUGAAGAGACCACUAAGGCAGUAGAACCUUUGAGUAGAUCUCCCAAAUGGACGCGUAUUAAGAACCGCUUCGAGAGGGAGGUAGCAUCAACAUCAAGGAUUCCGAGGUCAAGGAGGUCGCCACUGCUUGAGACAGCCAGCAGCCAAGUAUCGACGCUGAAUCGAAGGAUGCCAGUGACGAAGGGAGCGUCUAGCACUACAAUCACAUCGAAACUGAUAACUGCAGAUAUCACGAACAAGAAUUUUCCCGAGAAACUCUCGGUGCACGAGUUCAAGUCUGCCCAGUUGGCUGCUAAACGAUUGCUCGAAUCUAGGCCCAAGAAAUGUAACAGCGAUGGUGAGACCACGUGUUCAACCCGCCAUAGACCUAAGGCACUGCGUCAAGCCAGCCCUGAGAGUAGUGGUAGGAGGCCUCAGUGUCAAGGGCCCACUGUUAGAAAGGUCGAGUCAAACUCGAGAACGCUCGUAUCGUUGAAUGCCAGUAGUGCUGCUGAAUCGCCACCCCUCGCACCACUCUCAGUCCACUCUGAUAACUCUGUGCCUUCUACUGCUCAGGAUCAACUCUCUUUGCAUCUUCCUGAAAGCAGAACAGGACAAGCUGUGCCUUCUACUGCUCAGGAUCAACCCUCUUUGCAUCUUCCUGAAAGCGGAGCAGGACAAGCUGAAGUAAAUGGGCACUCGGGUGGAGUGAUAUCUGAUUCAUCAUCCGUCAUGCAAACAUCGCAGUGUCAUCUUCCAGGGAAUGUUUCUGUGACAAUCAUAAGUAAUAGCGUUGAGGACCCUGCUCGAUCUGAGAACGCAUCAACCGAAAGAAACGGAAUAUCGACUGCGACAAAUGCAGAUGAACCAAACCGUCCUCAGGUCACCCCGAAGAAAGUGCCCAGCAGUAAUCAUGUCAUACAGAUCAACAUUGAACACCCCAAGAGCACAACCGAACAGCAGCAAACGCCGUCUGCUGCGUCAGGUCCUAGCAUCAGUGGCAGAAAGAGCACGUGUGAAGGCAGCAAGUUUUCCUACAGUGCGCUUGUUCCAUAUCGCAGCAGGGAGCCUGUCACACAGAAGGCAUCGAAAGUCGCAUCAUUGGCGAAAAGCUUUGAAAACCUCAUUCAUUUAGAUAGCGCCGCUCAGGGUCCACAAUACCUGAAAAGGGGAACGAUAUGCAACCGAUCAUUGCCCUCAGAAACAAUUCACGACAUGCGGAAGAGAUUCGGCAAGUCUAGCAGCUCAUCACCCUGCACAACCAUACAGAGGCCUCUCUCCGUAACACUGGACAAAACGUCCGCCACAGUGUCCAGGACACGUUCCUUUCGCACCUCAAGUGAAAGCCUAGAAGAAACGCAGACAAGACCAAAAAUGCAAGUUGCUGUCAAGAGAUCCAACUCGAUAGCGAGCCAGUCAACGGCCUACAUGAGAGCAAGGGAGCGAGAGUUCAAAGAUACUGUGCCGGCACAGAGCGCGCUAAGUGCGGUUACAAACAGUAUAGGGCUGGUCAACUCCGUGAGUUCCUGCGCGUUAUUGCAGACCGUUGAUGUGCAGCCUGCUGAACGCAAGGCAGGUAGUUCAGGCUCCGCUGCCGAAAGUGGAGAGAAGAAGUUCAGCCUCGUUCAGCAGGCCGUCAUGAACUUGGAAGCGAGUAGUCAGAUCACGACGCAUAAAAAUCACUGCAGGCCGAUAGAUUUAUCUGGUGCUCUGGCAACGAGGAGAAAAAGUGUGGAAAUGUCCAAGACAGACUUUCAGUCGCUGAGGAGUAGGAGCGCCAGCGCUUCGCUCGACGAUAGGUACUUUUCACCAGUAACGACGAACAGUAGUAAUAUAGAAAAGAAACCCGCGCUACCUCCCAAAGGGGCGGGGAUUCGACAGUUCCGCCAAGUACCCCCACCGUGUGCUUCGUCAUCGUCUGGAACUUCGCAGAGUAUUACCGUUUCUGUGAUGGCGAGCCUUGCUUCCGAAGCGUCCAAUAGGGUUAACACUGCAAAGACGCGGGACUGUGCGAGGAACCGAAACGAUAUCUGUGCGAGUGACAAUGUGGUGCAAAAAGCCGUGAGGCCCAAUCAGUCUUUUCUCUGGAGGCUGGGCACAAGGCCACAAGUGCCGCCACCCGUGAACGGGUCCAAAGACGAAUACGCCGAAGAAAAUAUUUAUGACACACUAAGCAACUGCAGGUCUGCGCUGUCUUCGGACGAAGGCGUAGUGGUGUCCGAAAGGUCCUCGGAAGAGAGCUGUAAGAGCAGUCCGGUGCAAGGAUCUUCGGGAAGGGCUGGUUCAUUGCCGAAAACGCUACAAAACCGUUUCCAGGGUCAUUCUGUGGACAGCGACGAAGGAUGGGCAGACGUCAGUGAUUACGAGUUUGAUAGUUGCAGAGGGGCUCGCGAGGACAAGAAGCCAGCCGCUCGCAAGGAUCGCCGGUCCUGGUCUCAUAAUCUACACGAGCUAGUUACCAAUAUGAAUACUGACGAGUCUGAUAAGGGCUACGAAGAUAUCACCUGGGAGCUGGUGGAUACUGGAGACAGCAGCUCCUCGUCUACGACGUACGAUCACUUGUACGAACCCAUCUACGACCUCCUCGAUAAGGAUGGGGUGCCCCCAGACCUUAUACCCGAGACAGACAAUGUCUACGCUGCGCCAUUUGAGACUGAUAGGGAAGGCCCUGCUUCUCACGCGUCAUCGUCGUCAUCAAGCGUGGCGCACGGAUCAUCUUCUGAUACGUGCAAGAACGAGUCCCGAUGCUCUGGCAACAUCCAUCUGCAGCUAUCUUCACGUUUCAACCUGGUGAAGAUAAAGAAAAGCACGAAGAGUGCCACAGAGAUCGGAGUUGGAGUUUGCGUUGAAAACUCCAGGAACAGCAAGUCAAAGAAGAAAGCUAUCGUGGACUGCAUUUUGCGUCAGGGGCUGCCCCAUUCGUCGUCGAAACGAAACAGCAUGUUCGGCGGUGCCUCCAAAAAGGAAACGGCCACCUUCUACGUUCGCCUCUCUGUGGAUCGCGAGUUGUUUGACGGCGAGAAACGCAGACAUAGCGAUGGAUCAGAUGCGGGAAUGCAGGGGAACGCAGGAGGAGAGCUGCAGAAUUCCCAUUCUGGCAUUGCGCAACGGAAUGCACCGAGACGACGGCCGAUUCGGCGGGCGUCGUCUUCGGCGGGAACCAUUCAGAGGCCGAGCAUGCCACCACCUCUGCCACCCACCACGGCGACAAAAGCAGCAGCAGCAGCAGAGACCAUCAAAAAGUCUUCCUCGGAGACUGAGGCUGUCGGCAUGCAGCGGACGGAGAGCUCUCUGUCUUUCUUCUCUGGUUCUGCUGUGACCGAGUCAAGGCCAGGGUCCGGAUCGCUCAGUCCCAUAUAUGACACAUUCCCUCCUGUCUUUGGAACCUCCCUGAUGAGUGAUCUGGCAUCAUACACUCAGAUGACGGACUUGGACAGUACGGACAGUUCAAGUCUCGUGAAUGCAGCUGAUAGCAGUGCUCCAAACACAGAGUCCCUCACCAAUGAGGAGUCAUCUCCGGAUUCCGAGCCACUGAAAUCUCCAUUUCUGGAAGAACCUUUAUACCAGUUCUACCAGAAAGACCUCGUAGAAAGAGCGUGUCACUGGCAUACGGCUGAUGGAUCUACUACGGAGGAGGAUGAUGGGACAUCAACCGUCAAGACGACAGACGACAGUGGUCAGACAGAAGACAGUGACAUGGACAGCCAACUAUCCGACCAAGAGAAUGGUCAAAAGCAGCAACGGUCAGCGAUGGAACUGCUCCACUACGGCACAGGCAUGGGGUUACGCACGCUCUGGUGUGAAGUGCCUGAGGUCAUCGAAAGCGGAGUCUUGGCAAACAUGACACCGCAGGAAGCACGGCUCCAGGAGGCCAUGUUCGAGGUGAUCACCUCGGAAGCAUCCUACCUCAAAAGUCUCAACGUCCUCGUAGACCACUUUGUGAGAUGUCCAGAUUUCAGCAAGGACGGCAUUCUACACAAGAGAGAAUGGCGUGCACUCUUCGCCGACAUCCUCCCCGUGAGAAAUGUCUGCGAAAACUUACUUGCGGACUUCGAAAAACGGUGGAAGGAGAGCAUAGUGAUCUCGGACGUCUGUGAUAUUCUGCAUGAGCACACCAUUAACCAUUUUGGAGUGUACAUUCGGUACUGUUCCAACCAGAUACACCAAGACCGCUUGCUUAAAGAGCUCAGGGAGACCAGGCCAGAAUUUGUGGAAGUACUGCAACGUCUGGAAGCAGAUACCAAGUGCCAUGGUCUUAACAUGUAUUCCUUUCUGAUGCUCCCGAUGCAAAGGAUCACACGGUUGCCCCUCUUGGUCGAUGCAAUCUUUAAAAGGCUGGACAUAGAUUCAGCAAAGUAUGACAUUUGUAAAGAAACACUGGCAGCAUUGAACAAGGUUGUAUCUGAAUGCAAUGAUGGAGCAAGAAAAAUGGAGCGCAUGGAAGAAAUGCUGCACAUCAGUCGUAUUCUCGAGUUCAAGGAUUGCAAGGCCAUUCCCCUGAUUUCAUCAUCUCGGUGGCUGGUAAAGAGGGGGGAGCUUCUGCGGGUGACGUUUGAUCUCAAUGCAAAGAGAACUUUUGGCCGUUCGGUACGAUAUUCCAAGAGCUCACUCUACCUGUUCCUAUUUACUGACCUGCUUCUCUUGACAAAGAAGAAAGGAGAGGAGUACUACAGUGUGGUCGAUUACUGCCCUCGUAACAUGGUCCAGACCAGCUCCACCGAGGGACAGGACAGUGGCAUUUUCCUGCCACCGCGGCUGCCCGACUGUUGUCGCAACCUAUUCCAGAUGACCAUCCUCCAGAAUCAUGAAGGGAAGACUGUAGAAAUGCUUUUGUCAACAGAUUCUGAGAGUGAGAAAACAAGGUGGAUAGAUGCGCUCACUCCAGUGAUGUCUUCAAACCCAGACGAAAGGAUAUACGAGGAAUGGGACUGCCCCCAAGUGCAGUGCAGGCAUGCCUACGUUCCAAAACAGCCCGACGAACUAGCGCUCGACGAAUCGGACGUCGUUAACGUGUUCCGUAAGAUGUCAGAUGGUUGGUACGAAGGGGAACGAAUCCGCGAUGGUGCACGCGGAUGGUUCCCAGCGUCACAUACAGUCGAAGUCAUCAACCUGCAUGUGCGAUCACGAAACUUGCGGCAACGGUAUCGUUUGCUCAUGGCUUCACAGAGCUAUCUCGAGGGACAGCUCAGAGGAAGAAAUGGCUCUAAGGGCAAGUGAUGCAACGAAGCUCGGUGACGGCUCAAUCACCUAUACGUCACACGUCAACUGUUCUCACCUAAAUCUCAUCUCAUCUUAUCUGAUGUUGUCUUUGUUGCUCCUGUGACAGUGAUAAGGUUUCGACACUUUCUGACUUUUUUUUGUAUUAACUCGGAGAUAUUCGAUGCAUCGAAAAAUGUUCCAAUCACUGCCUCUUUCCAAUUCCUGAAAGAAAUGCCAUUUUUAUGUCUGUAUUUUGAUACUACAUACUAUAUUUUGUGUACCAGUAUAUCUGUGCAUUCCAAAAGCUUGCACAGCAAAAAAAAAAAAAAAAGGAAACGAAAGAAACACGGACUACAGCUGCCCUUCAGUGCACAUGGGCACGAAUGAAAGUUACAAAAAGAUGUUCUGUAACGAAGUAUAGGCAAGAGCUAUUUAUAGUACACUUAGGCAUUGCGGAGAAAUGGAUAACAGUUUCAUGUUUUUCAUGUGUAAUUGUCUUUCAGUACACUGUACGUUACACUCUUUGGUUCCUUAUAGUUCUGCCAUGCUCAAUUUACCUCCAUUCCCUGUCCCUUUCUGGGAAAUGUGAAUAUUUGAAAAAGACAGAUGUAACAUCUUUUUUGCCUUAAUUAACUGGAUUAUUUUUUUAAUCCUAGUAAAUGUAUACUAACCACUACAUUUGUUGGGGACCAAUGAGGCACAUCAGUGAACAACGGCAUUAUAGUUCAGUUAAGUUCUUAACUAUCAGUUUGACGAGCGUGCUGUAAAUUUUUGCUCGCUGCUGGCCGAGACAUUGCUUUUGACAAAGUGUUCUUGUCCUUUUGUGCCUCGUCAUGUAUGUGUGUGCAUGUGUACAUGCAAGUGUAAAUAUACCGCAUCAUGCAAUAGGGACUAGGCAUACGUGUAUGUACGGUGCUUAUUCUAAUAAUGCUAAGUCAUGGACGUGUUCAGCUGCAUUCUUCUAGGGUAGGACAUGUUACUAUGUAGGUGCAUCCUCAGAAUUUCUAGCAAAUUGCAAUAUUGCUUUAGUUUGGAACCAACAGAUCCGCAUUACAGUUGAGCUUGUUUAUGAUAAUUGUGAGUGCAACACGAAAAACGCCAUAAAGGGAUCAUGCAAAAGCCCGACUCUGGGCACACAGGGGGACGACGCGAAUCACUGGUUCAAAGACACCAGAGAACACAAGCCCCCUCUUAUUCGUUCUCAGAAGCAUGUACUCAUCCUUUCUACGGUUGACUGUCCCGGAGGACUACCCUUUCACUGUUGAUGUCAGAUAGUUUCUGAAAGUGUGAAUGCAUUUUUCUACUUGACUACCAAAAGAGUUGGACCGAUGCCAGUGCAAAAAGUUUCCAUAUUUGUAAAAAUCUUCAAAAGUUCCCAACGUCAGAUAUGUUCAUGUGUACAUUAUCAUGUUCGUGAUUCUGAGUCGUGCCAAUGUCGGAAGCAUUGCCACUUGUGGUAAAAAGAUUGGGUCAUCGUUCUUUACUUCAGCUUCUGGGUGUCUUACAAACAAGCUCAGCUGUACAAGGUGCUUCUCCUAACUAUACACUAGCUCACUGUAACAGCAUUCCAGGUUGACACAUGCAAGAGUCAAACCAGUAACAACCAUCCUUCUCUCAAUGGACAAGGAGGAAAAGCGGGAACAAUGCACAUCUUUUAGGGUUCUCUGACAACUACACAUUACAGGAACAAGUCUAUAAGCGAUCCAAUUGCGAGAAAUCUACUACCAAAGUAACUAUUCUGUGCAGCCUUUUGUUGCAUUUGUAGUCUGACAACGACAGACCAGGACUAACAGAGUCUGCCACUUCAAUGUACUGCGACUGUCCUCUACUAUGUGGUCUUACCGUUGUGACUAUCUUUCCUACAAUUAAAGGUGUAUCACGAUUAUGAAGGAGAUAAACCAAAAUCUGUAGCUACGCUUCUAAGGUUAUGACAUUCGCAGUAACGUCAGAGGAUUCUCAAAUACAGGCAUCGGUCUCCUCUUGUUCUGAACAACUGCCCAGUCAACGAACAAAAUUUAAGCAAUGCACUUAAUAGCUCGUGCACCUGAACCAUGAACAUUUACUGCAGCUGUUUUAUUGUGAACAAUUGGAUAUUUGGGAGCUUCUCGUAGUUAUUGACGGGGCCCAGUACAUCCAGGAAGAGGCUGGAUUCUUUUUUUUUUUUGCCAAUAUCUGAGUGAGGUGUAAAUGUAUCUGUCGUCCCUACUCAUGUUCAGUCAUUCCAUUUAUUAUCUUUGUGUUUUCAUGUGGGAAACAUUGUGCCACCCACUGCUAGUCAUCAUCACCACCACGUAAGCCAUGCAAACAGCAUGAUACAUAAUGGGGGUUCAUUGAGUGUCUCUUAUCUUCCCCCUGGUCUGGACAGGAUUGUGUGAGAUGCUUUAUAAUUGUGCCACACAGCGGUAACAUAAAAAGCUUUAGUACGUACUGCAAUUCCUACACUGUUUAUACAAACAUUAUUUAUGUACGAAUUACUACUUUCAUAAAGAAUUUUUCUCAAAGAAAU